UUCCCCGGAGGAGCCGCCGGGCGGCCAUAUUGCGGAGCUGUCUGCGGUGGCGGUGGCGGCAGCGGCGGCGGCGGCGGCGGCGGUGGUGGCGGCGGCGGCGCGUCUCCUUUACAGCAGCCCAGCACUCAUUUAAAAACCCUGUACCGCCGCCCCCUCCAGGCUCCGGUGGCCUAGUUGCCUUUCGGCCAGAAGGUGACUAAACCGGCAACUCCCUCGUCCAGCUUCGACUUUUCAGGGGCUUCUCCCCCGCACCCAGAAAGCCGUGAAGGGGGAGGGGAUAACUAAGUUGGUGACAAUUCCUUCCCAAGCCAAGCUAGUUCCCCGGACCCUGGCGGAGGCUGUUGGUACCUAGCCAAGGGAGCUUCGCCUGGCGCUUUGGCGGAGGAUCCCGGAUAGCCCUCCGCCGCCGGCCCUCGCCCCCCUCGCGCCUCCUGUGCCGCCGCGCGCACCAGCUCCACCUCUCUUCACCCCUUCCUUGCCUCCGCCCUUCUCCUGCCGCCACCUCCCCCAUAACUGCAGUAGCACCGCUGCUGCCACUUGGAGAUUGCGGGCUGCAGCAUAUUAAGACAAGAUCAGUUGAACUUGGAAAACUACCAAAGACAGAAGAUAAAAAGAGAAGGAAACAGAAGGAAAAAUGCCGAAACCAAUCAAUGUAAGAGUAACCACUAUGGAUGCUGAGCUGGAAUUUGCUAUCCAGCCUAAUACAACUGGCAAACAGCUAUUUGACCAGGUAGUGAAAACAGUUGGUCUGCGUGAGGUCUGGUUUUUUGGACUGCAAUAUGUAGACAGUAAAGGCUAUUCAACUUGGCUUAAGCUAAACAAAAAGGUAACACAACAGGAUGUUAGGAAAGAAAAUCCUCUGCAGUUCAAGUUUCGAGCGAAAUUCUUUCCUGAAGAUGUGUCUGAGGAACUAAUUCAAGAAAUAACACAGAGACUUUUCUUCUUACAAGUUAAAGAAGCUAUCUUAAAUGAUGAAAUAUACUGCCCCCCUGAAACUGCUGUCCUUUUGGCUUCUUAUGCUGUCCAAUCUAAAUAUGGAGAUCAUAAUAAAGAGAUUCAUAAACCAGGCUACCUGGCUAAUGACAGACUUCUACCUCAACGAGUGUUGGAACAGCACAAACUGACAAAAGAACAAUGGGAAGAAAGAAUACAAAACUGGCAUGAAGAGCACAGAGGGAUGUUAAGGGAAGAUUCAAUGAUGGAAUAUCUGAAGAUUGCCCAAGAUCUGGAAAUGUAUGGUGUCAACUAUUUUGAAAUAAAAAAUAAAAAAGGAACUGAAUUAUGGCUCGGUGUUGAUGCUUUAGGCCUGAACAUUUAUGAGCAUGAUGACAAGUUGACACCCAAAAUCGGUUUUCCCUGGAGUGAAAUCAGAAAUAUUUCAUUUAAUGACAAAAAGUUUGCCAUAAAGCCAAUCGACAAAAAGGCACCUGAUUUUGUUUUUUAUGCACCUCGGCUGAGAAUUAAUAAGCGGAUUUUGGCUUUGUGCAUGGGAAACCAUGAACUCUACAUGCGAAGAAGAAAGCCUGAUACAAUCGAAGUACAACAGAUGAAGGCUCAGGCUAGGGAGGAGAAGCAUCAGAAGCAGUUAGAAAGGGCACAACUAGAAAAUGAAAAAAAGAAAAGGGAAAUAGCAGAAAAAGAAAAAGAGAGAAUAGAACGAGAAAAGGAAGAACUGAUGGAACGUCUAAGACAAAUUGAAGAACAGACAAUGAAAGCUCAGAAAGAACUUGAAGAACAGACUAGAAGAGCCCUAGAAUUGGACCAGGAACGAAAGCGAGCAAAAGAAGAGGCAGAACGGCUGGAGAAGGAGCGUCGAGCUGCAGAGGAAGCCAAGGCUGCUCUAGCUAAGCAGGCAGCUGACCAGAUGAAAAAUCAAGAACAGCUAGCAGCGGAACUUGCUGAAUUCACUGCCAAGAUAGCACUUUUAGAAGAAGCCAAGAAGAAAAAAGAAGAGGAAGCUUCAGAAUGGCAACACAAAGCUUUUGCAGCCCAAGAAGAUUUGGAAAAGACCAAAGAAGAAUUGAAAACUGUAAUGUCUGCCCCUCCUCCACCUCCUCCACCACCAGUCAUUCCUCCAACAGAGAAUGAACAUGAUGAACAUGAUGAGAAUAAUGCUGAAGCUAGUGCUGAACUGUCUAAUGAUGGUGUUUUGAACCAUAGAAGUGAGGAAGAGCGUGUUACAGAAACACAGAAAAACGAACGUGUGAAGAAACAAUUACAGGCAUUAAGUUCAGAAUUAGCCCAAGCCAGAGAUGAAACAAAGAAAACACAAAAUGAUGUACUUCAUGCUGAAAAUGUUAAAGCAGGCCGUGAUAAGUACAAGACUCUGCGGCAGAUUCGACAAGGCAAUACAAAACAACGUAUUGAUGAAUUUGAAGCAAUGUCACUGGAAUCUGAUCUCUGGCGGGCCUUAGGAUAGACACUUUCUAAUGAUCAAAUGUUUUGAAUAUAUGGUCUCCAUAAGUGGAACCAUUUACAGCUAAAACAAUGUGGAAGAGUCCAGGCUCUCAACCAAGGUUCUCACUGAUACUCUCUCUGCACUUUCUUGACUGCUGAUUUUUCCUCUCUUAGUCUGCUGUGCUUCCUUUUGGUCAUCUUUGGUUAUGUUUUCCUGGAUAUACUUUAGGAAGGUGAGCUGUGACUUCCAAACCUUGCAUCGCACCCAGCAGACUCUAUCCAGCAUUCCUUAAUUGAUAGGUGGCCGCUUCCUAUUUUCAAACAGGUGCAUGAGGUCACCUAGUCAUCCUUAACUCUCCAAGUUUCGCAUGACCAGUUUGUGGGGGAGAAAAUAUAGUCUGGUUUUCAAAGACCUUUAAGGUUUUGAAGAAAAUGUAUAUAAUUUGUAGUUAGCUCUGAAUCAAAAGAAGGCAAUUGUGUAUAGCUCUAUUUGCCUGCCUACAUACAUUUUUGCUCUCCUUAAUACACUGUUGCCACAUUCCCUUUUCUGCAGGCUGUUUGUAUAUGUGUAAAUAAAUGAGACAAUAAAUAUGUUCUAACAUUA